AUGGAUACAGGUGGACGAAACGAGUUUUCUCCGCAGAGUAGCUGGACAUUUCCCAUAGAGAUAAGGUUGUCAUGGUCUGUUUCCCCAAGCCAGCAUCUCUCCGUGUCGUCCUGCUCCUGUACUCCCUCACCGUUAUCCCCAUCCCCUCCUAUUAUUAUUAUUCUUUUGAGUAUUCCUCAUUGUCAAGCCGCCAAAGUGGAGAGUGUCGUUGCAGAAGGGGGUGCUUCUCGUUUCAGUGCUUCUUCGGGGGGAGGAGGUGGUAGGGGUGCACCUCAGCACAAUCCCAAGACUGUCGGCAACAGCGAGUUCCUGGGGAAAGCCCCAGGGCAAAGUGUUCAGAGAUGGGUUCCUUCACGAAGCACUAGACGAGAUGCCAACUCCAGCAACGAAAAAGAGCGACAUGAUGCAAUCUUCAGGAAAGUGAGGGGCAUACUCAACAAACUUACGCCUGACAAGUUUGACAAGCUAUGCCUUGAGCUCCUGAAUGUGGGCGUAGAUUCAAAACUCGUCCUUAAAGGAAUCAUCUUGCUGAUUGUAGACAAAGCCCUAGAAGAGCCAAAGUACAGCUCGCUCUAUGCUCAGCUAUGUCUGCGCUUGGCAGAGGACGCGCCAAACUUUGAUGGCCCUUCAUCUGAAAUCCAAACAUCCCAAAAGCAGAGCACAACCUUCAGGAGACUGCUGAUUUCCAAGCUUCAAGAUGAAUUUGAAAAUCGCACCAGAAAUGUUGAAAUCUAUGACAAGCAUGACAACCCUCUUACUGCUGAGGAGGAGGAGCAGCGGGCCAUUGCCAAGAUCAAGAUGCUUGGCAACAUUAAAUUCAUCGGGGAACUUGGCAAACUCGACCUCAUCCAUGAAUCUAUCCUUCAUAAGUGCAUCAAAACACUUCUGGAAAAGAAGAAGAGAGUACAGCUCAAAGACAUGGGGGAGGAUCUGGAAUGCCUCUGUCAGAUAAUGAGAACGGUGGGGCCGAGACUCGACCACGAGAAAGCAAAGUCUUUAAUGGAUCAGUACUUUGGCCGUAUGCAGUCCUUAAUGAACAACAAGGAGCUGCCUGCUAGGAUCCGUUUCCUGCUGCAAGACACGGUGGAACUGCGAGAAAACAACUGGGUCCCCCGCAAGGCUUUCAUCGACAACGGACCAAAGACGAUUAACCAAGUCCGUCAGGAUGCAGUGAAGGAUUUGGGUGUUUUCAUCCCAGCACCAAUGUCUCAAGGGAUGAGGAUGGACUUCUUCCUGGAAAGCCCCUUCUUGCCCAACAGAAUGAGGCUGGACAGGGAGACUCUCGGGGGACUGGCUGACAUGUUUGGACAGAUGCCUGGCAGUGGGAUUGGAACUGGCCCAGGGGUUAUUCAAGACAGGUACUCGCCCACUAUGGGACGCCAUCGCACCAACCCGCUCUUCAAUGGCCACAGCAGCCAUGUUGCACCUCUUCCACAGUCACAGUUUGACACGGGGCCUAAGUCUUUUGUGAAGACCAACCAGGUUCAGAACCAGCAUUUCCUAAACCAGAACCACCCGAGUCAGUCGCAGGUGCAGUCCAAGGACAUGCCUCCACGCUUCAGCAAGAAAGGACAGCUCAAUGCAGACGAAAUCAGCUUAAGGCCUGCGCAGUCAUUCCUGCUCAACAAGAACCAGGUGCCGAAGCUUCAGCCUCAGAUGCCGACACUGAUGCCUCCCAGCGCCCAACCUCCACGCUCUCAAACCCCUCCUUUAGGACAGCUUGGCCUGAAGACCAACCCUCCACCUAUCCAGGAGAAACCCCAGAAGACCAUCAAGAAGCCACCUCCUGCCAAGGAAGAACUUCUGAAGACGACGGAGGUACUUAUGACUGAGUACCUGAACACUAAGAACCUGACUGAGGCUGUGGUUGCUGUGCGAGAGAUGAAGGCGCCGAAGCAUUUCCUGCCAGAGAUGCUCAGCAAGAUGAUCUUGUGUUCGCUGGACCAACCCGGUGAGGACAAAGAGCACGUCAGCACUCUGAUCCACGCACUCGGCACUGAGGGUCUUAUCACCGGAGAGAACUUCUUGCAGGCUUUCCUUAACGUCCUGGACCAGUGCCCCAAGAUUGAGGUGGACGUGCCCUUGGUGAAGUCCUACCUUGCCCAGUUUGCAGCUCAGGCCAUCAUCGCAGAGCUGGUGAGCGUAGCAGAGCUGGCUCACCCCCUGGAGAACGGCACCCACUUCCCCCUUUUCCUGCUCUGCCUGCAGCAAACGGCCAAGCUGAAAGACCGCGAGUGGUUCACAGAACUUUUUCAGCAGAGCAAGGUCAACAUGCAGAAGAUGCUUCCAGAAAUCGAUCAGAACAGGGACCGCAUGCUGGAAAUUCUGGAAGGGAAGGGGCUGAGCUUCCUGUUCCCGUUGCUGAAGCUGGAAAAGGAGCUGCUGAAGCAGAUUAAAGCGGACCCCUCUCCACAGUCCAUCUACAAGUGGAUCAAAGACAAUAUCUCACCCAGGCUUCACACCGACAAAGGCUUUGUCAACAUCCUUAUGACGAGUUUCCUGCAGUACAUCUUCCAGGAGCUGGGCAUGACGGAGGGCGAUGAUCAGCUGGCAGCUCCCUCCAAAGAGCAGCUGGAGCAGGAGAAGCAGCUGCUGCUGGCCUUCAAACCCGUCAUGCAGAAGUUCCUGCAUGACCAUGCCGAGCUGCAGGUCAGCGCCCUCUACGCUCUGCAGUUGCACUGUAAUGCCAGCAGCUUCCCUAAAGGUAUGCUGCUGCGCUACUUUGUUCAUUUCUAUGAUAUGGAGAUCAUUGAAGAAGAAGCCUUCCUUUUGUGGAAAGAAGACGUCACCCAAGAAUUCCCUGGAAAAGGAAAAGCUUUAUUCCAGGUCAACCAGUGGCUCACUUGGCUGGAGACGGCAGAGGAGGAGGAGUCUGAGGAUGAAGCUGACUGAGCAGCCAAUCAGAAGCAUCAGCCUUUGUUUCUUAACUCGCCUUUUCUUUUCUUGAACGCCAUGCUUCAUGUAACCACUACCAUGCGGCGCUCGGCUGCUUUUUGUCUCACGAAUCUAAACUGAAAACUUGUAACUUUCGUAGGGCCUCGUGCGCGUCCAGCUGCACUGUGACGUUGAGCGAAGACGUGUCGAUCUGUUGCCUGAAGGCUGUUUUCUUUGGAUCUGUUCUGAUCGUCUACAUGAACUA